AUGGAGUGCCAGAAGGGGAAGUUUCUGACUAUACGACAUGAGCUCAUGUCUUAUGCAUUGAACAUGAAUUCUGUAAUGGGUAUUCAUGAGCUUAGACAUGCAUACACACCAGGUAUUGAAGAGCAUGGAAGUGACCGAGUUCAAUUGAAAUUGGGAGAUGGAGAAGAAGAAGUAAAGCUAAUGACGAUUGAAAGGAUGGAGGGAGAUAAACAGUAA